ACGUCAGUCAGGGGGGACUCGGCCUUGGAGUGGUGUGAUUGGAGGGAAACCCCGUGGACUGCAUUCAGACAGAGGGGCUGAGGGAGUCAGCUGUAGCUUGGCACGUCGAAAUCACUGCUAUCUGCCAGUAUUCAGUGAGCAGUCAUGAGUGAGGCACCCCAGAAGGAACUGGUGCAAAAGGCCAAGCUAGCCGAGCAGGCCGAGCGCUAUGAUGACAUGGCCAGAGCAAUGAAGGCUGUGACAGAACAUAGUGAGGAUCUGUCAAACGAGGAGCGGAACCUGCUGUCAGUCGCCUACAAGAAUGUGGUGGGUGCCCGCCGCGCCUCAUGGCGUGUGCUCUCCAGCAUUGAGCAGAAGACUGAGACCUGCGAAAGGAGGCAGGCCAUGGCCAAAGAGUACCGGGUAAAGAUUGAGGAAGAGCUGAAAGACAUCUGCCAAGACGUGCUGGGUCUCUUGGACACGUAUCUCAUUCCCAAAGCCAGUAACCCAGAGAGCAGAGUCUUCUAUUUGAAAAUGAAAGGAGAUUACUUCCGCUACUUGGCUGAGGUGGCUACAGGAGAUCAGAGGACUGGGAUUAUUACAGACUCAAAGGAUGCCUACCAAAAGGCCUUUGACAUCAGCAAAGAGGAAAUGCAGCCCACGCACCCAAUCCGUCUUGGUCUUGCCCUCAAUUUCUCAGUUUUCUUCUACGAAAUCCUCAACUCGCCUGAACAAGCCUGUGCGCUGGCUAAAAGCGCUUUUGACGAAGCCAUUGCUGAGCUCGAUUCACUGAGUGAAGAUUCAUACAAAGACAGUACACUAAUCAUGCAGCUACUGAGAGACAACUUGACACUGUGGACCUCUGAUAACCAGGUUGAGGGAGAUGAUCAGGAGGAGUCCAGAGAAUGAGCCAGACCCCCAUAGUCAUCCCUGUCUACCUGCCAUCAUCCUGGCUCAUCUUCAUCACGACCAUCAACACUGAGACCACCUCAUUAUUAUCAUUGUCGUCCAGUUCUCUCCAUCUUUUUUCUAUUUAGUUCUCUCAACACUCAUCUCAUUCCUAUCGGUUUACUAUUCCUCCUUUUGUAGUAACUGUGGGGAAAGGGGAUGGGGAGGGAGGGUAAGUUUUAAAUUGCGUGGUGGGAGGGUCCAUAUGGAAGGGUAAAGCGUGUUUGGGGUUGGUUGCUUGUCUGACCUUUUUUGUGUGGGAACAAUAGGGUUGUUGGGUAAGAGGGCAAGUUCUCAACUUAUGAAACAUGCAGCAGGUUGAGUUUUUAGAGUCAGAAAACAGUUAUACUUUGUGUGUAUCGUAUUCAUAUUAACAAUUCUUGAUUAACACCAUUUUAAUGAUACAUCUGUGGUUUCACAAAUUGAGUUGGCUCCUCACAUCUUUGGAGACAGCAGCUGUUAGUCUGUACUUGGCAACAGGAAUGACAGCAGAGGUAAAGGCAAUGGAGGUGUGAUGGGAAGUGCUGGAGACAGAAGACAAGGUUGGAACACAAAGGUUACAUUCCAUUUCCUGUCAGUUGCUCAACUUUCUACUCUAUUAUUUCGUUUUGUUUUCAGUGACCUGCUUUUGUAUUUCUGUGUAUCAAUUACGAGGUAUAGAAAACUUUGAAGAACAAAAAAGCACACAAGCUUGGUAUUGAUGUUUUUUAUGAGCACAGCAAAAAAAUCCACAUGCUUAUCUAGUCACUGCUUUUUUCAAAUUAAGAUUUUUAUUUGAUUUGUCUUCUAUUCUCCUUUUUUUUUUUCUUUCAAUACUUGCCUAAACUGCAUGUUGGUAAGAAGUAGUUUGUGGGGAUAUAAGGAUGGUGGUUGUCGGGCGGGCUAGCUUUGUUCAUGUCUUUGGAAUUUUCAUACAGAACACCCAAGCAUAACUGUUAUUUGGGGGGAAAUGUGUAAUUUCAUGCAAGUGGAAUAAAAAAAAUAAUUUAAAAUUU